UAGCGGACGUCAUCAAUAAGCGCGAGGCAGGAGCAGCAUGAGCUGAUGUGUUCAGAUCACAGUCGUUCAGUGUCAUAAUUCACACUAAUUAAUCAUAUAAUCAUGCCGAUGAAGGGAAGAUUUCCCAUUCGCAGGACGCUGGAGUAUCUGCAGAAAGGAGAAAUUGUGUUUAAAAAAACGGUGAAGAUUAUGACUGUCAAUUAUAACACACACGGAGACCUGAGUGAAGGAGCAAGGAAAUUUGUGUUCUUCAACAUUCCUCAAAUCCAGUACAAAAACCCCUGGGUUCAGAUAAUGAUGUUCAAAAACAUGACUCCAUCACCUUUCCUGCGCUUUUACCUCGAUGAUGGAGAGCAAGUGCUGGUGGAUGUAGAAGGAAAACACCAUAAAGAAAUCACACAGCAUGUCAGGAAGAUCCUUGGCAAGUCAGAUAAAGUUCUUGAAGCUGAAGCUCUGGCUAAAAUGGAGUUGUCAAACCCCGCUAACUUUGGGCCCAAGAAAUAUUUCCUGCGGGAGUGUAUGAGUGAAGUGGAGGGUCAAGUUCCUCAUCCCGGUCUGGUCCCGCUUCCCAAAGAGAUGACUGGCAAAUACAGGGCCAAACUGGCUGCGGUCUCUGAUGAUUAAAAACUGUUAUGGUGAAUGUGAGAAACACUUUGGACUCUUUACAGUAAAAAAAAACAACUUUCUUUUUUUGGGUGUGUGAACAAGAUUUUGUGUAAACUGUGAUGGACUAUGGAAAGCAGACUUAUUUUAUAAACUUACAAAUGAUUUAUUCUUGGGUUAAAAAUGAAUACUUCCUGACCACAUUUUCAUUCAGUCUGUUUUAUUAAUUAUUAGUGUUACAUUUAUGAUACCUGAUAUUGCUCAAUGUAAACACACAACAUUAUCCAAAAGCUAAUGGACAGGUUGUUAAUAUUGUUGCUUUGUUGACAAAAACAUGAAUAAUUACAAUUGCAAAAAGCGUUUCAUUCAGCCACAAUAUGCUGCUGUUGUGUGUCUCACUGUAUUAUAAUGGAAUACUGCUUAAAUUCAUCAGAAAUAAAUGUUGAAACUAAA